GCUUGAGGCCAUGGAUUCGCGCAUGUCUCUUCUCGUCCAUAAUCUACCAUCCUAUCCAUUAUCACUGGCUCUAUCUCUAGCUAUUCUUGUUGAACUCUGUCCCAGUCUAUGGUCUGAUUCGUAAUAUCUUAUCAAAUCUUCCUCGGGCCACUUCUGCAGCCUAUCUUGCUUUUUUUCUAUUCAUACCACCGAAUACAAACCUUCGCUAUUCAUCCGCCAGUUCCGCAGCGUUCCCGGUUAGGCUACCAUUUCCAGUUCGCCUCCGAUCCGGGUUUUCCACCCUCUUUUCGCCUGGGAUAACACCUCCUAUCGUCGACUUUCUAGCCGGUCUGCAUGCUUAGGGGCUAUAGAUCUGGGCUCAUUCCCGAUCGCCCGGAAUCCACAGCAUGCACAUUCCAGCCAACUUCCGCCAAUUUGACAUCCGUCAGGAUGGUCCGGGCAACAUUAUUAACAAUCCCAACAACAACAAUAACACCGAUGGCAGCCAGGAUGAAAACCACGCCUCCGGCAAUGAUAACUCGAGCAGGAACAAUAUCAUUAUAAUAUGCGUCGCUUGCAUCAUCUUCGCCGUGGCGUCCGCUUUAAUGACCUAUUUCGUCUUACGUACCCUCCGUCGCAUGAAUUGUCGCCCGAAAUAUCUGCCUGGGAAAUUCCUGAAGGACAAAUGGAAUAGGUGGAACGUGGGCGUCUCAUACGGACAGGUCCCGGGGUCGAAUAAUCAAAAUGCGAACACCACCAGAGACACACCCGCCGAAGGAGGUUCGGAAAUGCGAUCUACCACCCCCGCCGCCAAUAACACUAGCAAUGUUCGACGGGAUACAUCGGUUCGCUCGGUCAUCACCCUCCCCGCCUACUCGCCCAGUCCCAAGCCAACGGAGCAGGUCAUUGCUCGAGAAGGGGAGCGAGCAGGCAUGGAUAUGGUUGUCGAGUUCCCUGAAACAGCGGAAGAAGAGGAAUCCCGCCGAGAAGAAUUGAUGGAGUCGUUGUAUCAAAUCCGCUUGCAACGGCGAGAGGAGCUGGCCGACCGUGAAUGGCGGCGACAGGAGCGCCGAGAGGCUCGUGCUCGCGGGGACUAUAUUCGUCUUGAAGAACUUCGGCAGGAGAGUCGAGCCCGCGCGAGAAGUAGCGCGUCUGCCAACGGGAGUGCCUCAAACCUCAGCGCGGCUUUGGCGGAAUCUCGGAAUCGUGGUCGCGACAGGCGUAUCUCCAGUGUCUCGUAUGCAGAACUGGGCCACGUGCGGCAUGAUGGGUCUCGUAUCAGAGCCACGUCACCCGAUUCGGACCGUCGUCCUCUUCUCACCGACGCAUCAGCACCCGAUCGAUCCUCAGGGUCGAUUCUCACGGGUGUUCAUUCUCGAGGCGAGUCCUACUCGUCGUAUCAGUCUGGGGCAACCAACGUUUCGGACGCAGAUACUCUAACUCAGGUGCAAUCACAUGCAGCGUCUGCUCAUUCGGCUGAUCGCCCGUCAAUAGCGGUUGACGAGGGUGAUGUAGGUGAACUCAACAUCCCGCCGCCUGAGUACGAAGUCUUGGAAUGGGGAGAAGCGCCACCGUAUACGAGCCCAGUCGCAGAGAGAAACGAGCAUGCGCCGCAGCUCCGUGAAUUGACCCCUCUGCCCACCAUCCAUAUCGACGUGGCCAGCCCUAUAAGCAACACUCCCACUACGCCCACGAAUCCUCUGCGAGAAGAGGAGCGGGAAGAGCAACAAUCCACCGAACAGCAUACCACCGCUAAUCAACCUAUCAGCGAGGAACAUGCCGGAGAAGAACACCCUGCUUCUCAAUCAGCCGAAACCCACCUCUUGAGGGAUGACACUCAUAGUCACCAGUCCUCUUGAUUUCUCUAUCAUCGAUAUUCCUUCCUAAUAACUAGAAGACCUGACAAACUGGUCUACGUUUACGGCUGCCAUCCCUUGCCCCUUCCGACCUCGCAUUCCAAUACCCGUUACGAGCAUAAG